AUGCUAAAGGUCGGGUCAUGGCUGUUGCAAUUGAACAAAGAGCCCCAGCACGUGCUUUAUUGCCCAAAACUCAAUUCGCUGGUGAGUAAGCUGGGUUUCAGUCCCAGGGUUAGGUCCGAUACGGCAGAGGUUGGCCGGAAGCUCGCGCUGCCCCCUCUCUUCUACACCAGUCGAUUUCCAGAGUCCAAAGUGCUUGCAAGCAGUGCUAGGAGAGGCUUCCAUUUUUCUGCUCAGAUCGCCAAACACAUCCCUCGAAGACGACCUUGUACGCUUACCAACAUGCAAACCUCUUUUGACAAGCCCGUAACCGUCGCAGUUAUUGGAGGCACUGGUUUAUACAAGCUGGAUGGCCUCAGCCCCGUGGCCAUGCUCGAUAUCGACACGCCCUGGGGCAAGCCCUCGUCGCCUAUCACUAUCGCGCUGACGAAAUCUGGCGACCCGGUGGCUUUCAUUUCUCGUCAUGGCCGCAGUCACCAAUUUUCACCGACCGGCGUGCCUGCACAGGCUAACAUCGCAGCUCUGAAGCAUAUUGGCGUCAAGGCUAUUAUCUCAUUUUCGGCCGUUGGUUCUUUGCAGGAGGAAAUCCGCCCUCGUGACUUUGUCCUCGUGAACCAGGUUUUCGAUCGCACCAAGGGCAUUCGGCCCAGCACUUAUUUUGGCGACGACUUUGUCGCCCACGCUAUGUUUGGUGAGCCAUUCGAUGUCAAGCUCAAUGCGUUCAUCAGCGAAUAUGGCCAUAUCAUGGAGGGUGAGUUCGAAGGGAAAAAGUCUACUCUGCACACUGCCAAACCUGGGAAAGACCUUACUGUGGUCUGCAUGGAGGGCCCAGCGUUUUCCACUCGCGCCGAGUCGCAGUUCAAUCACCGCAACGGGUUUGCUGUGAUUAACAUGUCUGUGCUACCUGAGGCCAAACUUGCUCGGGAAGCAGAGAUCUCCUACCAAAUGAUUUGUAUGUCUACAGACUACGAUGCUUGGCGAGAGUCUGAGGAGGCUGUGACAGUGGAGCAGGUCAUGGCCCACGUGAAGGCUAACGGCCAUAAUGCCGAGCGGUUCUGUGAGUUCCUGCUCGAUCCCCUGGUCGCCAAGGUGAAAGCUGGGGAAAUCGGCAACGACCUUGUCGACAGCAUGAAGUACUCGGUGAGCACUGCUCCGGCUGGCCAAAGCGAAGAAAUGAAGACCAAGCUGAACUUCUUAUUCCCUGGCCGCUGGUAA